UUGGUGUUUCUGUUUACUUUCAAUAGUAGUGUCAGUUACUUACGUUUUGUUAUAUUAUUAAACACAUAUUAUUUUGUUUCUCUACAAAAAUGAAACACAAUUUAAGAUAUACUGCGUUCACUGUAUGCCUGGUAUCAUGCAUUUUAAUAUCGACUAGCGAUGCAGUUCGUUGUUAUCAGUGUUCUUCUCAUCAAGAUCCCAAGGGAGAGGACAACUGCGGCGCAUACGAGAAGUUUCAGAAGGACCGGCACAUAGCUGUGGAUUGUAAUAGUGACGAAACUGUUGCUCCAGGGUCCUUUUGCAUGAAGAUAACGCAACAAGGCCCCCGAGGAUUUAUUUGGGAUGGUCGGUGGAGACAGGUGAUCCGACGAUGCGCUUCAGUGGCUGACACUGGAGUUACAGGUGUCUGCAACUGGGGUGUUUAUGAAAACGGAAUCUAUUGGGAAGAAUGUUACUGUGCGGAGGAUGGUUGUAACGGGUCAACCACAGUUUCUGGCAACAUAGCCAGUAUCGCCACUCUGACAGCACUCAGUGCCUUCAUGUACUGUAGGUUUUUUAUAUAGUUCAACAUCGUACCUUUUAAGGCAAGUCUUAAUUUUUUGAAUAGGUAGGCUAUAUUUGAGUCAAACAUGUUAAUUAGUCGGAUUAACUUUUGCCAAAUGUAUCUGCUACCCAAAAAUAAAAUAGGAUCAUUAGUUUUAUUGUGUGUAUAUUAUUUACAAAAGUAAUUCUGUUUUAUUAGUAUGUGCCUUCUUGAUUUAUUUGCUUAUAAAUAGGCAUAGGCAAAGUGAAUGAUUGAAACUCUAAGAGAAACUAAUGUAUUUAUAAUUUUACACAAUGCAUUUCAUUUCUUGUUUACACUUCUGAGAAUUUGGAUUUAGAUCUGAAACGGUUAGUGAUCUGUUACCACUCAAAAUAUUCUAGAUAAUAUCUGAAUCAAGCAGAUAUUGCAGUACUGCUGCAGUCUGUUACAUAUUCACAAGCAAGCUCCUAGGGCUCUAAAUGUCAAAUGUGUGAUUUGUAAAACUUGUAUUUAUGUAAUUAUGUUUCCAUAGAGUAUUAUGGGUUAUGCUCUUACACUAUCAUUAAACUGCAUUAUGGGCAUGUUAAAUUUAAUCAUUAGUUCUAUUUAACCUCACAAUGUAUUGGUUUACAUUAUGUUUUAAUUGACUCACAUUUUAGCAGUGUUUAUCUAAAUAUUGUAUUGUUUUGUUAUUUUUGUGAAUCCCUUUUGUAAACAUUUAUUCUCUCAUGACCUCUUGUAAAUACCACUGGUGUAAAAAAAUUGUGAAUUUGUUAUAAUUUUUGUAUAGUAGUACAAACUGAGUACAAUUUGUUUUUAAUUCAAACAGAAAUAUUAUCUUUAAAUCUUAUAUUUAGAACAAUAGGCCCUAAUAAGUUAUAUUUUUAUAGUGUUUUAAAAUGGUAAUAUAUUUCAAAAAUACAGUGUUUUAUUAAGUGUUUAUGAUUAGCUGAUAAGUUGGACUUAUAAGACAGUAUAAUUUAAUAAUUGUCUAAGAUUUUAUAUGAAGAUCAACUCCGGUUGAGAAAGAAAAAAAUUAUAAAAUUAACGGGCUAGUUGUGAAUAACCUUAACUCGUCUUAAUUCAAGUUGAUUGGUACAAUUUGAAUGAGCAAGUAAAUUAAGCUGUUUUGUAUUUUCAUCCUCAUAUUUUCUAAUGCAUAAUAUGUGCCACGUAUCAAUUUAUGUAUUAAAUAGCAAAUUCUGAUUUAUGUUCAUCAGAAUUCCCAAACCAUUGAAAUAUUGUUGUUAACUAUUAUAACAUGCUAUUAUUUAUCAUCAAGUCGCACAUUAAUUAUUUAAUUUGCUGUAGGUUCAAAUUAGUAUUAUUAAACAAAUACACAUAAUUUUAAAUGUGUAAGUGUUCCUUUGUGUACCAAUUAGUGAAUACAUCUUAUUUUUGUAAAUUAGUGUUUUGUUAUAUUUGUUACAUGCACAGACCUACAUAUGGAAAUGUAUAUACAUUGGAAAAGAAAAUGCAUAGUAUAAUAGUAUUGCUCCUGAAAUAAUUUGUAUUUUUUUAUAUUUGCUUUCUUUAUAUAUUUUCUUAAGUUUUUAUUAAUAAUAUUUUAUGUAUUUUUUUACUAAACAGUAUUGCUGGUAUUUUUUUCUAUUAAAUGUUGUUUUCCUGUCUUUCUUUUACAAACAAAGAAACAGGCAGACUUUUUACCUCCGAAUUAGAUUUUUUUUAAAUGGUUUUCCUUGGUUGUGUAUAUGGUUCUAACAUAUAAAUUAAAUAUUUAGCUUUUUUCCUUGUUAAGAAGAUGUGUCUUAAAUUUAAGUAUUCCGUCCAUUCUUGUGAAUAAAACAGUGUUUUGUAAGUUAUAUUAAAUUGUUUUCUCAAAAUAUUUUCAUUAUUCCACAAUUGAAAUUUUGAUAAAUGUAUUUUUAAUCAAUAUGUUUUGUCUUUGAUUAUUUUUUAAACCAAGUGCACUUACCUAUAUUACAACAAGUGUACUAAAAUUUAAGUGUCCGUCCAUUCAUGUAAAUUAAAUUGUAUUUUGUAUAUUUAUAUUAAUUAAAUGUUUAAAUUAUUUUACAAAAUAGUGUUGUUCUUUUUCCAAAUGGUCUCUGAGAUAUUAAACUAAUACUUACUUAAUCAUUAUAAUACCAUAAUACUGGUAUUAAAAUAGCCAGAGUCAACUUGUUAACUGGGUUUUGUGGUUCGAAACAAUAAAGAAAAUAACUUUUGACAUUUUAUUAUAAAAGAAUUGUUAAAUAAAUAAAAUAUGACUAA